UUUGAUUUUUAAUUAAUGAGUGAUAAAAUAAUUCACGCCGAUUUAGAAAUCGGUGUUAUUGACUUAAUUUUAUUGAAAAAAGUUAUUGAUGAUCAUGCACCGAAAGGAGAAGCUGGACGUCUGACACGCGAAGAAGGAAUACCGUGGGAUGAAGUUGAAAUCAUUCGCCUUGAAUUUCUAAACAUUUUAAAAAUCGAUCAUCUUUGGAUGUUAACCGGCUUAACGAAAUUAAGUUUAUCGCAUAAUAUUAUUGAGAAAAUUGAAGGUUUAGAAGCAUUAGUAAAUUUAAAGGAAUUGGAUCUAUCAUUUAAUAAAAUUACGGUCAUAGAAAAUUUGAAUACAUUAACAAAAAUAGAAAUUUUAACGCUCUACGGAAAUUCAAUAAGCGUUCUUGAAAAUUUAUCGAGUCUAGAAAAGCUAAUAAUAUUUAGCAUUGGAAAUAAUAAAAUUGAGAGUAUAGAAAAUGUACUUUAUCUUCGUCAAUUUGAGGAUUUACGUUCAAUCAAUUUUGCUGGAAAUCCAUGCUGUAAGCAGGUGCCAGAUUUUCGUGAAUGGGUUGCGGCAUAUUUGCCAAAUAUUAUUUACAACGAGUAUAAAAUGAUUUUAAUUGAAGAGAAAGAGGCUGCAAGAGAAAAAUACGCGGCUGAUAUUGAACAUGUACUGGAAUCUGAAAAAAUAAAGUAUGCUGAACGUGAACGCUUAAAAGCUGAAGCUGCUGAAGAAGCAUUACAUGCUGAAAGUUUUGUUGAAUUUUUAGGAACUAGUGCUCUAUUUGAUAAAAUGUUUGACGGAGAUAUAGAUGGACAACUUCUUUUAAGCAUCCCAGAACAAUCCGAACUGAGAGAAAAAUAUGAAAAGUAUAAACAAAAUUUCUGUGAUGUGACGAAACGGCUGUUUGAUGUGGGACAACAAAUGUAUCUAGAGAGACAAAAUGAAAUACAGCAAUUUUUGAAAUGUGUGGAUGCUGAAAAAUCUCGGAAUCAAAUACAAAGUCAAGAUAUCAUAGAAAAAUUCGUCGAUAAAAAAUUAAUUUUAACUGAGGAUAUGUUUCGAUUAUACGAUAUGGUCGAAGAUGAUGAGGCAGAACCGGAUACUUCAGAUUUUGAACGGUUAAUGGAAGAUUUUCAUGAUGGUGCUAAAAAUACCCGUAAUGAAUUCAAUACACUUAUAAAUGAUACAUGGAUGCAACUAAUGAAAUGUGAAAUUACAAUCAAUGCUCAAUUAGAAGAAGUAAAUGAAAACUUUUCCAUUGUGAUAACAGACAUGUUAAAUGCUUUUUUGGAACUAGUUAGUUCACAUUUUACUGAAUUACGAAUAUUAGAAAAGGAAUGGAUGGAAGAAUCAUACGAAUUGGCUCUGAACAUUAUGAAUCAAUAUAAUACUGGCUCAAGUAGUCAACAACUGAUUAAUAUAGAAGAAGAGGAGAAUACUAAAGUCAUUUCUAAAGAAUUAGAAAAGUUAUUUAGUGACAAAGAAAAUGUUCAACAAUGUUGCGCAGGCUCCCAUGAUUAUCAUAAUUUACAAAUUGAUAAUCGAGAAGAUCGACUUGUUACUAGAGCAAAUGAAUGGCUUUCUAAUCUUGUCACGAAUUUAGCCAGAGAUGAAAUGAUACGUGAUCGAGCACAAGUUUUGGAAAUCAAUAAAUUUUUAGAUUCACAAAAAUCGGAAUUCGAUGAUUUAUAUGAUGAACCGGUUCUAUCAGUGGCUGCAGCAAGCGGAGAAGUAAAAGUUAAAGAGGAAGAAAGCUCGGUAUAUGAUAUGUUGACUACAGAUAAAAAAAUAAAAGAAGAUGAUGAGGAUCAUGACGGAUAAAUAGUAAGGUUCACAAAAUG